GAACGGCUUCAGGACUCACAUCGGACCGGGACGAGACGGGAUCCCGCUCCGGUGUCCACAGCAGAAUGAAAAGUCUCCCAUGAACAUCGCCUCAGCAUGACAUCAUCAGGCCGCACCUCCUCCUCUCUCCCCCUCUACCACCACCAUCACCCUCAUCAUCAUCAUGUCUCACUCUGGAUCGGACAGACAGCCCAUCAGUCCUCAUUGUGGCCUUGUCUCCUGUUCUCUGUUUUGCUCUGGAUGACUGGACAGGUUGUUCAGGUGAGUGCUUCCCACCAGCACUUCCAUCCCCACUCCAUAAAGAUACCUGGUGACAUCACUCUGGGGGGGCUGUUCCCGAUCCACGCCCGUGGCCCACACGGUCUGCCCUGUGGUGAGCUGAAGAAGGAGAAGGGGAUCCAUCGUAUGGAGGCCAUGUUGUAUGCUUUGGACCAGAUCAACAGUGACCCUGAGCUACUGCCCAACAUCACACUGGGAGCCCGCAUCCUUGACACCUGCUCCAGAGACACCUACGCCCUGGAGCAGUCGCUUACCUUUGUACAGGCGCUGAUCCAGAAAGACACGUCUGACAUCCGCUGCUCCAAUGGAGAGCCCCCCAUCAUCCGCAAACCGGAGAGGGUGGUAGGAGUGAUCGGAGCGUCAGCCAGCUCAGUGUCCAUCAUGGUGGCCAACAUCCUGAGACUGUUUGAGAUCCCUCAGGUGAGCUAUGCAUCAACAGCUCCAGAACUCAGCGAUAAUAACCGGUACGACUUCUUCUCUCGGGUGGUUCCUCCGGACUCGUACCAAGCUCAGGCCAUGCUGGACAUCGUCAAAGCUCUGGGCUGGAACUACGUAUCCACGCUCGCCUCCGAGGGAAACUAUGGAGAGAGUGGAGUUGACGCCUUCAUGCAGAUCUCCAGAGAGGCGGGUGGGGUGUGUAUUGCUCAGUCAGUGAAGAUUCCCCGUGAGCCAACAGCUGGAGAGUUUGAUAAGAUCAUCAAACGACUGAUGGAGACGAGUAACGCCAGAGGAGUAAUCAUCUUUGCCAACGAGGACGACAUUAAGCGUGUCCUUGAGGCAGCAGAGCGUGCUAACCUGACAGGUCAUUUCCUGUUUGUGGGGUCAGACAGCUGGGGAGCCAAGAGUUCACCUAUUGCAGAACUGGAGGACGUUGCCGAGGGUGCUGUCACCAUCCUACCUAAACGAGCAUCAAUAGAUGGGUUCGAUCAGUACUUCACGUCUCGUUCUCUGGAGAACAACCGCAGGAACAUCUGGUUCAAUGAGUUCUGGGAAGAUGAUUUCAGGUGUAAACUGACCAGACCUGGAAUCAAACUUGACCCUGACAAGAAGAAAUGUACAGGUGAGGAGAGAAUUGGUCGGGACUCGUCCUACGAGCAGGAGGGGAAGGUUCAGUUUGUGAUCGAUGCAGUUUAUGCUGUGGCUUACGCACUGCACAGCAUGCACCUGGAUCUGUGUCCCGGCAGCUUUGGAGUCUGCAGCAACAUGGACCCUGUGGAGGGACGCCUCCUGCUGGACUACAUCAGAGCAGUAAACUUCAACGGAAGUGCAGGUACCACUGUUCUGUUCAAUGAGAACGGAGAUGCUCCCGGUCGCUACGACAUCUUCCAGUUCCAGAUGACCAAUCACAGUCAUCCCGGUUACCGUGUCAUUGGCCAAUGGACCAAUAAUCUGAGACUCAACGUGGAGGAGAUGCAGUGGUCAGGAGGAGAUAAAUCUCUUCCUGACUCCAUCUGUAGUUUUCCUUGUAAACCAGGAGAGAGGAAGAAGAUGGUGAAAGGAGUUCCGUGCUGUUGGCACUGUGAGCUCUGCGAUGGGUACCAGUACCAGCUUGAUGAGUUUAACUGUGAGACCUGUCCAUCAGACAUGCGUCCCGCCCCCAACAGAACCACCUGUCGCCCAACUCCAAUCAUCAAACUGGAGUGGAACUCCCCCUGGGCCCUAGUACCCGCCUCCCUUGCCUUGCUUGGUAUACUAGCAACAAGUGGCGUGGUGAUCACCUUCAUCCGCUUCAAUGACACACCAAUUGUAAGGGCUUCGGGGAGGGAGCUCAGCUACGUACUACUAACAGGUAUCUUCCUGAUCUACCUGAUCACCUUCCUCAUGAUUGCAGAGCCAGGUGUGGUGGUUUGUGCCUUCCGGCGCCUGCUGCUAGGCCUUGGUAUGGCCAUCACCUACUCCGCCAUGUUGACCAAAACCAACCGCAUCUACCGCAUCUUUGAACAAGGCAAGAGGUCGGUGACUCCGCCAAAAUUCAUCAGCCCCACCUCCCAGCUCAUUAUCACCUUCGUCCUCAUUUCUGUCCAGGUCCUCGGUGUGUUUGUGUGGUUUGCCGUCGUCCCUCCUCACACCAUCAUUGAUUAUGAGGAACUCCGCCCUCCGAACCCCAACCUUGCCCGAGGCAUCCUGAAGUGUGACAUGUCUGACCUGUCAAUCAUCUGCUGCCUCAGCUACAGCAUCGUACUCAUGGUAACAUGUACGGUGUACGCGGUGAAGAGUCGUGGUGUUCCAGAGACGUUUAAUGAAGCCAAACCAAUUGGUUUCACCAUGUACACCACCUGUAUCAUCUGGCUAGCCUUUGUACCAAUCUUCUUUGGUACAGCCCAGUCCACCGAGAAGAUGUUCAUCCAGACAGCCACUCUGACUGUUUCCAUGUCGCUUAGUGCGUUCGUGUCUCUCGGGAUGCUCUACAUGCCAAAGGUCUAUGUCAUCAUUUUUCACCCAGAAAGGAACGUCCAAAAGAGGAAGAGAAGCUUCAAGGCUGUUGCCCAGGCUGCCAGAUUGUCUCAAAAAUCAUCAAAUGAGAAACAGAAUGGAGAGACAAAGAUUGAGCCUGACAGAUCGCAGUAGCACUGCAGUAAAAUUACAAAUUACAGCUGCUGACCAGUUCCUGUCCAGAGCCUGAUGUCAUCGUCUCCAUGAAGGUCACCAGCUAGACACUCCUCUCAAACAUACACACACACUGACACACACACACACACACACACACACACACACACACACACAUACACACACACACACACACACACACUGACCAACAAUACAUUCAUGUGUGUCAGGUCAUUUCAAAACAAGACUCUCCGCAGGGCUUUGUUGUGAAAAUCAGGGUUUCUGGGGUUCAGACAGGAAGUCCUCAGCAGGAAGUGUUGAAUCAAAUCAAAUCAAAUCAAAUCAAAUCAGUUUUAUUUAUACAGCCCAAAAUCACAAUCACAUUGCCUCAAAUGGCUUUGCAAUCUGUACAAUGAACGACAUCCUCUGUCCUUAGACUUCAAACUUCACACUGAUGGAA